AUGGCGGUGGUUGAGGAUAAGAAAAAGUACAGGCCUUUAGAGCCAAUUCUUAUACAAAUAAACAAGGAUUUCAUUUCACUUUCUAAGGACGAAAUGAAAAGGAACAACGCACUUUUGAUGUCGUUGAUGGAUUUACUAAUACCUGAAAUGAAAAGAAAAGAUCCGCUAUUUAAGGAAAUGUAUACUAAGGUGUUUUACGGUGGCAGUUAUUAUGAUAAGUUGCGAGUCAAAGAACCGAAUGAAUUCGAUUUGGAUUUACUUUUAACAUUACCGGUGCUUUCCGAACCUUUGGUAUCUAUUGCUAACGUUCCGGGUUACACUACUUUAAAGUUAAACAAUUUAUCUGCUUUGAAUAAACACGCUGACCUGGCUAAAAGAUAUAGCGGUUUAUCCAAAUUACUGGAGAACGAGAAAGACUGUUACCUGGAUAAUGAUAAAGUUAGAAGGUGGAUGGAAAGUGUGGUUACUCUAGCUCUUAAUACAUUUCCGCAUACUAAAGGAAACUACGAAUUGAAAUUGCCACAAGGAAAAUUUAUAGCGAAAGUUCACAAAUCUGGACCCGCCUUUACUUUAAAACUAAACGGUACAAUCGAUCGUGUUGAUAUUGCUGUGGAUAUCGAUUUAGUACCAUGUUUUAUGUUUAACAUAGACAAACUACCUGUUAAGAAACUUAACAGCGGGUUUAAGAGCAAAACAUUCUUUAUUGUUCCCAAACCCAUAAAAAACAAUAGCGCAAUAAAUUGCGCGAAUCGUUAUUGGAGAUUGAGUUAUCAGGAGCAAGAAAGGGAAAUUAUGGAAUGUAAAAAUAACCAAUACUUGAAACCGACCAUUAAACUGUUGAAGAAACUAAAGGAAAUGGACCAUCCAUACAUUGCUAGUUACUUCAUAAAAACUGUGGUUAUAUGGGAAGCCGAAAAACGCAAAGAUGACGAGUCAUUUUGGAACACUUCCUUCAGUUAUGUCUUCAUGACCUGUUUGAAGAAGUAUUGUGAAUGCAUUGAGAAUAAGAAAAUUCCUUACUAUUGGAACAAAAACAACAAUCUCAUACAGAACAUCAGUCCUGUUGUAUUGGGCAAUCUGAAGUGUAGACUUAACAACAUUAUAAAAAAUAUAGAGAAAAAUAUGACGGAUAAUCCGAAAAUUUUUGCGGAAUAUUUCUUGACCGAAGAAGAAAAGCUUCGGUUGUAUUCAUCACUAAACCUAAAUAUACAAUAA